AUGCCCUCGCCCUCGCCCACGUACGCCCGCGCCAUCAACAUUUCCGCCCGCCCCAGCCCGGCCCUGACUGCUUCCUGCCUCAAUGGCUCGCUCCAGUCCACCCCAGAAGGCAUGGUGCCAAUCUCGUCUUCGCUGCCCGCCAUCCCCUCGUACGCCCUGCCCGAGUCUCUGCUGCCGGCCCCCGUCCAGUCGUCGCCAACUUCCUCUCCCUCGGCCAUGGCCGAAGCCCUUGGAAAGGGUCCCAACCUGAUCCGACGCGUCAGCCGCGGUGCCCAGGGCAUUCCCCAUCGCUUCCGUCGUGGCAACUCGACGGCCCAGCGCGACAAGAGCUCCGGCCCCGUCAUCAUGCGCCGCCGCAGCGACAGCAGGACUGCCGCCGACGGCGCCGACACGGGCAUCUCCGACUUUGACGCUUUCGAGGAGGAAGAGGCCAUCGAGGACCCCUACGAGCCCAUCCAAGGCCUUGGCAUCACCGGCCCUUCGCCCAGCUUCAGCUCCAUCCCAGACGCCGCCGUCGUGGCCCCCGUCCGCAACUCGCGCCUCGAGCAGGGCACCGUCCUCCGCAAGAUUACCAAAAAGGAGAAGAAGGAAAUCAACCUGCGCCUCGAUCUGGAGUCGGCAAAAGUCUUUUGGGAUCCCUCGCGCCCGUCAAAGGCCUUUUACAUUGACGACGUCAAGGAAAUCCGCUCCGGCCCAGAGGCCAAGCACUACCGCGAAGAGUGCGGCCUGUCCGAGAACUGGGCCCCUUACUGGUUCACCAUUGUCUACACCGACACAACGCGCUCCAAGGGCCGCAUACGCACCAUGCACCUCAUCGCCCCCGACGUUGGCAUCUUCAACAUGUGGACCCAGACGCUCGAGUCGGUGUCGCGCAACCGCAUCGAUCUCAUGGCUGGCCUCAUGGGCUUCGCCGACAAGAGCGCCAAGCUCGUCUGGCAACGCGCCAUGAAGAAGCGCGGCGAGGGCGAAGAAUCCUUGGACUUUCCCAGCAUCGUCGAGCUGUGCCGAAGCCUACACAUCAACUGCAGCGAAGCCACGCUUCGCCUCUACUUCCAAAAGGCCGACACGCUCGACACGGGAAAACUCAACCAAUCACAGUUCCUAUCCUUUGUCAGGCGCCUCAAAGAGCGCAAGGAUAUCAAGAUGAUCUACAAGUCCUACACUUCAGGCUCCAAGAUUGAAAUGGACAAGGUCACCUUCUUCUCAUUUCUCCAGCAAGAACAGGGCGUCGAUGUGAAUGCAGACCUCGAGUACUGGACAAACACGUUUGAAAAGUUUGCACGCGCAACAAAGCCGCGGGCGGCUACCACGCCCGUCGAGGGUGGUGACGUGCCGCUGCCCUUGGCCAUGAACUUUUCGGCUUUCCAGACAUUCCUCACAUCCGCCGCAAACUCGAUUCUGCGCCCAGUCGGGAGCCAGCAGAAGCUCGACCGACCGCUCAACGAGUACUACAUUUCCAGCUCCCACAACACGUACCUCCUCGGCCGCCAGGUAGCCGGCGAAUCCAGCACCGAGGCCUACAUCACGGCCCUCCAAAAGGGCUGCCGAUGCCUCGAGAUUGACUGCUGGGACGGCGCCGACAACGUCCCCGUCGUCAUGCACGGCCGCACGCUGACCAAGAGCAUUCUCUUCCAGGACACUAUCAAGGUCAUUAACAAGUACGCCUUUACCGAGUCGCCAUACCCCGUCAUCCUCUCGCUCGAGGUCCACUGCUCGCCCAUCCAGCAGUCCGCCAUGGUCAAGAUUAUGAUACAGGAAUUUGGCGACAAGCUUGUGCUUCAGCCACUUGACUUUGAGUCGCAGUGCCUACCCAGCCCAGAAGAACUCAAGCACCGCAUACUCAUCAAAGUAAAGGGUGCGGCAGGUGAGGAGUUUGACACGCGAGCGCUCAUGAGCGAAAUCACCUCGCGAAGACAGCGCAGCUUCAGCUCACCAUGGUCACGCCCUGUGGUGAUGAACGACAACGUCAUCCCCAACUCGCCUCUUCUUUCCAGCCCGCCUUCGAUGAGCCCACCAGAGCGAUCUGCCACGUUUUGGGCCACUCCCCGCACUUCCAACAACACGCUGCCUACAUCCACAGCCGUGAGCUCGGCAGAGGACAGUGACAGCCCCAACGCAACUGCUGCCGACGCAGCCGAGGUAGCCGACGACCGACACAAGACCAAGAAGAACAAGACCAACAACAUCACCAAGGAGCUGGGCAGUCUUGGUGUCUACACGCGGGGCGUCAAGUUUACCGACUUUGCCAGCAUGGAAGCCAACACAUUCAACCACGUCUUCUCCAUCAACGAGCGCGCCUUUGACAAGCUCACCAAGCCUGGCGCGCGCGAGAAGCAUCUGCUCGAGGAACACAACAUGCGCUGCCUCAUGCGCGUGUACCCGCACGCCUUCCGCAUCAACUCGUCCAACUUUGACCCUCUCAAGUUUUGGCGUCGCGGCGUGCAGAUGGCUGCGCUCAACUGGCAAACGUACGACCUUGGCCAGCAGUUGAACGAAGCCAUGUUCGCUGGCGGUGAUGACCGCACAGGCUACGUGCUCAAGCCUGCAGCGCUCCGUCUCGAGUCUCAGACACCGGUUAUUGGCCACCGCAAGGCACCCAAGAAGGAAGUCAAGUUCACGGUUCAGAUCAUCUCUGCUCAGCAGCUACCUCGACCCCGAGGCCUUGGCCAAGAGGCCAACAUCAACCCAUACGUCGAGUUUGAGAUGUACUGCGCAGAAGACAUGGGUGCCAACGCUACAGGCAUUGGCGGCCAAGACGCAUCAGCUCGCAACGGCCACUCUGGAAUUGGCAACCCUCUCCGCAAGCGGACCCGCAUUGUUGAGGGCAACGGCUACAACCCUGAGUUUGGCAACGAGAUUGACAUGACGGUCACGACCAGAUACCCCAGCCUCGUAUUCGUACGCUGGACUGUUUGGAACUCGCUCGAUGCACGGACUACGAAUCACGCGCCGCUGGCUACCUUUACGGCCAAGCUCAGCAGCAUCCAGCAAGGCUACCGUCACCUCCCCCUCUACGACAGCAACGGCGAGCAGUACCUCUUCUCGACGCUCUUCUGCAAGAUCAAGAAGCAGGACAUUGUCGAUGCCCCCGAGCCCUCGAGUGCCACUUCGUGUGGGUCAUUGGUCGACCCGGGCAGCCCUCUUCAGGAGCCCACCAACAACAAAUCGAGCCGCAGCUUCGUCAGACGCUUGAUUAGCCGUGCGCCCAGUGAGCGCCGGCGCCGCAAGGAGGAGCUGCAUCGCACAGGAAGCGAGUCACGCGAAUCCGAUCUAGACCCUAUUAGUCGCUCAAGCACAAUGGAGCGGUAG